AUGUCUUUUAUUUGGAGCGUCCUUCUCAGCCUGAUUGCCCUUUUUAGCGCCGCAGACGCUAGCCUCAACACAACGUCCUCGAAUAACCUUGCUCUCUACUGGGGACAAAACUCAUACGGCGAAGGCUCUGGUGACCUUGCGCAGAAACCCCUCGGGUACUACUGCGAAAGGGAUAACUGCACCACUUUUCCCGGCACAGACUUACUAAAUUGCCCUAACAUUGGAGCGGACAUUUCCAAGUGUCAGCGCAAAGGAAAAACCGUUCUCCUGUCAAUUGGAGGGGCGACCUAUAGCGAAGGCGGAUUCAGAUCCGAGGAGGCGGCCAUCGCGGGCGCCGACAUGAUCUGGGAAACAUUUGGGCCAAAGAAGAACGGGUCUACAAGGCCGCGGCCGUUUGGAGAUGCCGCCAUUGACGGGUUUGAUUUCGACUUUGAAGCGACUGUGCUUAAUAUGGCCCCCUUCGCUAACCGGCUGCGAAGCCUGAUGGCUGCCGAUCGUUCGAAGAAAUAUUAUUUAACGGCUACUCCGCAGUGUCCUUAUCCAGAUUGGUAUAAUAAAGAGAUCCUUGAAGGCAAUAUCUUCGACGCUGUGUUUAUUCAAUUUUAUAACAAUUUCUGCGGUCUAAAUGCGUUCCAACCCGGUGAAGAGCAACAGCAAAGCUUCAAUCUCAACACGUGGGACAACUGGGCCAGAACGGUAUCAAAGAACAAGGGCGUCAAAGUAUUUGUGGGCGCUCCAGCGAACCGCAGCGCCGCUGGUUCCGGAUAUGUUGAUACAGCGAGGCUGGCGGAGAUUAUCGAAUACUCCAGGAGCUUCUCCAGCUUCGGCGGUGUCAUGUUAUGGGAUGCGAGCCAGGCAUAUGCCAAUGACAAAUUCAUUUCAGAUGUUAAAGCGGCCCUGAAUGCGGCACCUUAG